GGCGUGCGGUCCCGGCCACACGGUUUCCAUAGAAAAUCCCGGCCGGAUCUUGGAGCGUGCCAGCGGUGAGCAUUCCUCGCCGCUCACCUGCAACACCGGGAGGGCCCAAGCUCAGAGCGCGCGAGAGCUUCAGUUGAUGAUUUUCUUCAUCGCUGUCAAAGAACGAAACAGUGAGACGAAAGAUUUCAACUCUGGACAGACUUUUUUUGUCUCCUAUUCUUAUUGCGGAUUGGAUUACGUCGGUGCGAUUGGAUUACGUCUCCUACUUUUGGAAGAAUGCUCGCAGCAUAGCGCCAGCUCACCCGCCAUCUCUGGGCGGGAGCGGACGAAGAGCGUGCGACAUCAUGGAAGCUUCGAAAUCCAAGUGUGGCUAGAAAAGCAAAAAGCGGCCUUGAAAGCAGCAACUGACAGUCACCAACAGAACUGGAAUCGAAGGAACGACGCUUCAGCUUGUAAUGCGCUAGUAAAAUUUGAAUCUCUUUCUGGGAGAACUUCUCACCAAGCUAAAGUGGCUGACGUCAACGUGCGCUAAUGACCAGAGAGUUUCUGACGCUUCUCCUGACACUGCUGCCGACAGAUGUCUCGCCUGAGUGACUGUGCUUCUGGUAGAAGGCUUUGUCUGUUAUUGUACUGACGUGCGCCGUAUGGGCUUGAAGCAAGGUGUUCUAGUCCGGAGAAACAGGCGUUCGCAUAAAGUUAUUCAUGUAUUGUGCUCCCAUGCUCACCAAGACUUCUAGAAAGCGACUCUGCACUAUGUCACAGUUGUUUGGCCUACGCACACUUACUGUGGCUUGACAUUCUCAACGCUGCCGUUACAUAGAGGGGGAAUGAUGAGUUUGCGUAGCCUUUGAGAGAUUCAGCGCUGAACGACUGGCUGAGGCUGUGCUUUGUAUUUAGAGCUUAGAAGCGCGCUGAACAGCAUUAGAAAUGAAGUUGCGGGAUCAUACGAAAAGCUCCAUUUUGGCGUCUGGAAUCAAAAUUUUCUCGAAGCCCGAAUGUGCCUUAUUCAAGAUUUGCUGUCAACGUUGUGUAUUUGCUGUGAAACAAUCCUUCACCUAGCCUGACUAAUAUUCAUGUCAAAUAAUGCUCCACCAGCUGAUGCAAUGUAGCAGAACUUCAGCUGAAAGGUUGCGCGUUCCUGUGGGCCAAAGAUGAACGCAUUCCAUGCCGUAGGUAGAACAGAGUCCCCACUCUUAAGGUUCCACAGAAAUCGUCAGCUUGGACCGAUUCGUAUGCUUUUCCUUUACAUGGUGCAUGGUCAGAUGCCUGACAACACUGCACCGUCAGUGCCUUUUUAGUCAGGACUUUUAUCAAGAAGCGCAUUCUACGCAUGUCUUCGUAUUUGAAGGAGCGAAAGCGUUAAACAUAAAGUGACACAGUAGUUGACGUUCUUGUGGAUAUGUUCGCAGAGUAUUGAAAAGAGUAUAGCCAAAGCUGCUAGCCGAGCUUAAGAAAAAGCGAAAGGAAAAAGAAAUUGCUAAGUGGUUCGAAACGGGGCGGGGAGGGGGGCAUGGUGCUUUGAAGCACUCGGCUUCUUCACAAGUUUGUCUGCUCGUAUGAAAUGCCGCCCCUUAUGAACGUAUACUUUUGAAAUAAGCGGAGCUUACUGUGACACACGCGGGGGAGAACGACGAAAGUAUGCUUGCUUGCAAUGGAUCACUUUAGCAAAAGAAAGCUCGAUGUGUGUUAUUUUUGAUGGACCAAAGAAAAAAAUACUUGCUGUGAAACCAUGCGACCAAUUUCUCAUUUGCCUGCGAACAUUUAAGAGAACACCACUUUAUGUCCUCGUACAACCUAUUACUACGAAAUAUUAAACUUGUUCCACCCUCUUGUGAGCUGCAUGCAAGUUUUGCAGCUCUAAGAGCGGCUCGAGCUCCCAAGUACCCGCACGAAUUGUCGGGUUUUCGAUCCUCACCUCGUAAGCAAAUAGGAGAGCCGCUGCUUUGUGAGAUUGAGGCGUGCUGGUGUGACCCGUGUUGACUAUAUUUCAAAGCGGACCUCAGAUAGAAGUACGUUAGAACCGCAGGCAAGUUCAAUGUGAAGCCAGAUCGACGUAGCCGAAAUGUGAAACUAGAAAGGAGCACAUCUUGGAGUGAAAUUUAAUACUUAAACUGCGCUUGCUAACGCUGUUGUACCGCUACCGCAGGAAAUGUUUUCGCACUAUUGCUCCGGAUCGUAUUGACGGUUCAUUUUAGCGGCGCACAUACUUCUCCUGUGCGUGCCUUGCGCCACACUGGCACAUCAGUCCAUCAGAGCUUUUUUUACUCAAGUGCCGUGUCGAGGUGAAAUUGGUGGCAAACGUUCAAUAUCUACUUCGAUUUUAGUAACACCUUCCCGAAAAACCAAGUGCUCAAUCCUCUCUCAAUGAUAGGUUGGUGUGUUAUGCAUGCUUGCAUUGCUUACAUACUUUCACGUCCUCAUACGACAUUCUCGUUUAACGAUUAUGCCUUGCUGAGAAGUAUGCUGCGGCGGUUUUAUAUUCGAAUUGCUGCUCGGUGCCUGCGCUCAGAGGGAUGUACCCUGUGAUGUCCGAACUAUUGUCAUAACGUUAAGGACACCUCACGCUGUGUAAACAGAUGGGUAAUUCAUAUUAGCUGACUAGGCUUUAGCUAUUGUCAAGAAUAAACAUUUCGCGAGGGAACCUGUUCUGAAAACAGCAUUAAGUUACAUUUCUUCGUAAUGCGCCAAAUCCUUGCAUCAGCUAAGUCGUUGUAGGAAGAAUAUUAAUCAGUUCGACUUGUUGCGACAUGUAGUUUAAAGCUCCAUGACAUCCCCGACGUGCCGUUGCACUAAUUGGUUCGAAUUUUUGGCCACGAUUGCCUCCGUGUUGCUAGUGAGAGCCAGAAACAUUCGUUGUUUUUUCGGCUGUUUGACGUCCAAGAGAAACUUAUACAUCCAAAAUAGUUAUACGUCUCAUGCUGAUAUCAUAUAGCGGUAGAAUCGGGUUCAGUAUGUUGAAAUCUUCACUGUCGAAGAACAAGCAAUGUGAGGCUAAUUUUAUAUAAUAACGAUUUCUUGAAAUUUCUACAAGGCAGAAUAGGUCAAAGUCUGAAACUGGCAGCGCUGCAAACGUUAAGGGUGUCAUAACGACUGUUAUAAUAGACGACAAACCAACUUCUGGAGAAUGUUCUUUUCCAUGCCGACUGCUCUACACGUUGCUACGAAAAUGUUGGUCAAAGGCAAUAUGCAGACUUAAUUCACGGACGCACAAACACUCAGUUUUUAUCACGAUCAUUUCCACGUGCCUCUCCCAUGACAUGGCUUCAACUGACGACAUCAUUCUAGAAAAAAACACCAGAUACUGGAACCGAGCGUGCAUUACGGAAGCCACUGGUGUCUGUGCUUCUGAAGGACGAAAGUGACGCGCAAAUGCAAAUGAAGCCUGUCGUGUUUUACGAACUGCAAUUUCCGAAUGUGUAAACUACAUCUCUUGUGUCGACACGAGUUAAGACGUCAGCCGCUGUCAUCUCACCCGGGCUAGUGGCGUAUGCUUUCCUCUGAAGGACUGAUCUUCGGUUGUCAGGGACACACAGCAACGACUGUGCGGCCUUCGAAUGAAGCGCAGUUGGCAACGCUGCGGUUGUGGGCUGAGUGGCAAAAGACAUCCGAACUCGACACCGUAGUCACUUUCGUACGAGCCGCGUCAAAAGUCGAGGUACGCGCUCACUAAAGCGGCGAACUGACUGCGUUUCGUGCCCCGGUCGGCAGAGCGGCCAUGCCUCUCGAUGAUGACGGCUGGCCGCGGAGGAUGCGCCUGUUCAGCCUCGGGGACGUGGGAACGUUAUCCAGCUGCGUGCUUCGUCCUUGCUGUGACCGUUCUCCGCGAGUUGAGCCCGACUGGGGAGGCCCGACGACGCAGCCGGCAGCGCGCACCUCCCACGUGUCUCGACUGGCCAAGCGCAUAUCCAGCGUGUUCAGCUACGCCGGGGACGUUCAGUCGGUGCUGCAGGCUACGUCCAAAGAUGGCCGUCCGGACCUGCUGGCCACCAUUCACCAGCACCACUCGAUGGCCGGCCAGAGCACCCUGCAGAAGAAGCAGGGCGUCUCGGGAGAGAGCGCCACCUGCCGCACCCUGGUGCUGGAAGUGGAUGUGUCGCACCACCCCAAGGACUUUAGGUCGAAACAACUGAUCAAGGAUGCCAUCAUGGAGAACGACUUCCUCAAGAACCUGGACUCGUCGCAGGUGCGAGAGGUGGUGGACUGCAUGUACCCGCAGGUGUUAGACGCUGGCACGCUGGUCAUCCGGGAAGGGGACGUCGGCUCGCACCUCUACGUCUCCGCGGAGGGGGAGUUGGAGGUUGAAAAAGACGACCAGGUGCUGGGCCGCAUGGGACCCGGCAAGGCGUUCGGAGAGUUGGCCAUACUCUACAACUGCACCCGCACGGCAAGCGUCAAAGCGGUGACGAAGGCCAAAGUGUGGGUGCUGGACCGACGCGUCUUCCAGGCGAUCAUGAUGAAAACCGGACUUCAGAGGCAGGAGGAGAACAUCCAGUUCCUAAGAAGCGUCCCUCUUCUUCAAACACUUUCCAACGAGAUCCUGGCCAAGAUGUCGGACGUACUCGAAGUGGAUUUCUACCCUCCUGGCGUCUACAUCAUCCGACAAGGGACUUCAGGGGAUACUUUCUUCAUAAUCAGCCACGGAAAUGUGAAGGUCACGCAGCGGAUCGAGGGCACCAACCAGGAGGAGCAGAUCCGUGUUCUUGGCCGGGGAGACUACUUCGGUGAGCAAGCGCUGCUGAGAGAAGACAAGAGGACUGCAAAUGUUGUCUCCCUGGAGCCCGGUGUUGAAUGUCUGGCCUUGGACCGAGAAUCCUUCAUCCAACUUAUCGGAGAUCUCAGAGAGCUGCAGGACAAACACUAUGACGACAGGCUCCAGCUAAGACCACCACAGAGGAUCACAAGCAAAGCUCUGGAAGUGGACUCCGAGGUGAAGCCUAUUCAGCUGGACGAUCUCGAAGUGCUGGCCACACUUGGCGUUGGAGGCUUUGGCCGCGUUGAACUGGUGCAGUAUGUACAGGACCGCAGCCGGACGUUCGCGCUCAAGUGCCUGACCAAGAAGCACAUCGUGGAAACGCAACAGCAGGAGCACGUGCUGAGCGAGAAGGCGCUCAUGAUGAGUUGCCGCCAUCCGUUCAUCUGUCGCAUGUACAAGACGUUCCGAGACGAGAAGUACGUCUACAUGCUCAUGGAGGCAUGCCUCGGCGGGGAGGUCUGGUCGCUGCUCAGGGACAGGGGAGCAUUUGACGAGAAUACGACAAGAUUUUACACGGGCUGCGUUCUGGAAGCUUUGCAGUAUCUUCACGACAAAAACAUCGUCUACCGAGACCUCAAGCCGGAGAACAUGGUCUUGGACUCUACUGGAUACGCAAAACUUGUGGAUUUCGGAUUCUCGAAGCGCGUUCCAGCCGGCCAGAAGACGUGGACAUUCUGCGGCACGCCCGAGUACGUGGCCCCGGAGGUUGUGCUAAACAAGGGCCACGACCGUGCGGUGGACUUCUGGUCUGUGGGCGUGCUCAUGUUCGAGCUGCUCGCGGGCGCACCACCUUUUGCUGCCGACGACCCGAUGAAGACGUACAACGUCAUCCUGCGCGGGAUUGACAUGCUCGACUUCCCGCGCACAAUGUCGCGCAACGCUGUGUCGCUCAUUAAGCGGCUCUGCCGCGAGAACCCGUCCGAACGGCUUGGCUACCAGAAGGGUGGCAUCAUGGACAUCAAGAAGCACAAAUGGUUCCAGGGCUUUGACUGGGACGGAUUACAAGCGCGGACACUGCAGCCUCCCUUCGAACCUCAGAUCCGUGGACCCGCAGACAGCUCAAACUUCGAUGUUUACCCCCGAAACUUUGAAAUCCCACCUGAUGAAACCUCCGGAUGGGACGAAGACUUUUAACGCGUGACAUUUUUCCGCACCUCGUCUGAGAACCACAUAAAUACCACUGCAGAGCGAAGUUGAAAAUCAAGAAAGGGGAUGACAGAUGGAAUAGCAUACUGUGGUAUGAAGUUGGUAAACAGGGAUGCCUUUCUGAGGCACCUUAUCCCUGUUUACAAGCUUUAUGCCGCAGUCAGAAGUGUUUCUUCAGGUUUGCCAAGCAAUGAAUCACCCAGGAACGUUACGCCGUUGAAAGGCCAUUAAUAUUCAAUCACACGACUGUCAGCGAAAAAAAGCAACAUUAUUGAGCGGUUGAACUCCUGCACUCGUAUCUACUAGUUGUCGUUUUAUCUAUUUAUGUAUGUAUGUGUUUAACAGUACAACAGAGUUGUGCCUCGUGUGCGUGCGCACAUUUUUGACGGGCAUUCCCGGCUGUAUUUGAUGCCUUUGCAUAGGAAUAUGAUUCACUUGGGACCCAAAGAGAUACCAUAUCGAUUUGAAUGCCACGAAUGAGUUAGCGUGCCAAGACAGCAAGCGUGAUCUGCCUAGCCUGACAGGUUGCCAUAAGCACCGGUCCUUGUGUCUUCGCAUGUGCGCUGAAGGCGGUAGUUGCGUUUCAUAACAAGAAAUGAUGCCGUGAAACCUAGUUACCGCCUCCCUGUUGAUCAUAUAUUGAUGUAACGCUUUUUUGCUCAAUAUUAUACGUGUUCCGUAGCGUAUAUCAACGCACUAAAAAGUUUAUUUAUAGCUACAGUCAGACAGCUUAUUUUUUGUAAGCACCAGUAUUUCCUGUAGUGUAGGCACCGUCAGUGCCGUGAAGGUCAAGCGCUGGCAUGGGAUCAGGAAUUUUGUGCGUGACAUGGCAUAUACAGGUGUUUGUGGUAGAUGAACGCUUCUUUCAUCUCCUUUAUAAAACGACCAACUUAAUCGAAGGCAGCAGCUGUGAGAUGCUGGUGGCUGGUCCCUGUACUCAGAAAGUAUCGUGUGUGAUCAAAUAAUAGGUGAUCGCGCCAUCAUAUUAUUCGCAACUGAUAGGUUUACGCGCCGCAAGAACAAGUACAACACAUGCGCGAGGACGAUGGAAAUCGGUGCCUUGUUGUACGUAAAUAGGCAGUGCGUGUUUCGCAUCCUUAUCAGCGCGCGACAUAUAUUAGCGUUUCAAUUCGGCGCAGGUUAUACCAUUCAUCACGGCCAUUACCAUAAGUAUUACAUGACGCGCAACACUUUAAAAAUGAACAACUGCCACAGACAGUGCACUAUACGCAGCAAACGCAGCUACAACGAGUGCGCUGUUUGCAGUUUCAUUAGGUAAGAUAACGGGCUCACAAUUAUUCCAGUCAUGUGUAGUCCUAUGAAUCGCCUUGUUAGCAGCCUUCAGACAACUUAAAUACACGUGACCUACUUGUGUUGCUCGCAUUCGAACGCGAAUAAGUUGUCACUAGGAAGUGAACCAACGCGAAGUGUCUAUGCUCUAAAUAUCGGCACCCGAUAACCGCUAUGCCAGAAUGUGUCCUCGAAGUCAGAAAGAAAUGCUUCAUCACCACAAAAAUUCCGCACCAAACCUGUUCGCAGUGGUUUCUCCAGUACUAACAAACAUUGCCUCCUUUUCUGUAAAUCUGUCAGCGUAUACUUCUUUACUUGACCACAGGAACUAUAAGAGCACAAGAUGCACAUGUGGAACACUUGUGUCAGAAGCCAAGGUGACGCAGUACGUUGGUUGUAUUCAUGAAACACGUUGUGCGUGUGGAUAUUGUUUUUUCAAGGUUGUUUUGUUUGCACAAAUAAAUAGGGAAAACCUGUCGUAAAAA